ACCACUGCAGCUCCUUCUACAACAACUACAACUUCAGCUCCUACGACAACCACAACAACAGCACCUCCAACAACUGUUGCUCCUACGACCACUGUAACCCCACAACCUACUUCGACAACCAGUGCAGCUCCUACUACAACAACUGCUGUUCUAAUGACCACAGUGACUGCAGCACCUUCUACAACAACUACAACUUCAGUUCCAACGACAACCACAACAACAGCACCUCCAACAACUGUAGCUCCCACGACAACUGCAGCUCCUACAAAAGCUUUAGCAUCUACGACAACCACUGCAGACCUAACAACAACAACUGCUGCUCCUACGACCACUACAGCUCCAGAACCUAUUACGACAACCACUGCAGCUCCUUCUACAACAACUACAACUUCAGCUCCUACGACAACCACAACAACAGCACCUCCAACAACUGCUGCUCCUACGACCACUGUAACCCCACAACCUACUUCGACAACCAGUGCAGCUCCUACUACAACAACUGCUGUGCCAACGACCACAGUGACUGCAGCACCUUCUACAAUAACUACAACUUCAGCUCCUACGACAACCACAACAACAACUGUAGCUCCCACGACAACUGCAGCUCCUACAACAGCUUUAGCAUCUAUGACAACCACUGCAGGCCUCACAACAACAACUGCUGCUCCUACGACCACGAUCACUACAGCUCCAGAACCUAUUACGACAACCACUGCAGCUCCUACUACAACAACUACAACUUCAGCUCCUACGACAACCACAACAACAGCACCUACUACAACACCUGCAGUUCCUACAACUGUAGCUCCCACGACCACUCCACCUGCUGUACUUACUUCAACAAUCACACCUACAGCUCCUGAUACCACAACUGUAACUUCUACGUCAACCACAGCAGCUCUAACUACAACAAUUGCUGCUCCAACGACCACUACAAUUCUAGAACCUAUUACGACAACCACUGCAGCUCCUGCUACAACAACAACAACAACUUCAGCUCCUACGACAACCACAACAACAGCACCUCCAACAACUGUAGCUCCCACGAUAACUGCAGCUCCGACAAUAGCUUUAGCAUCUACGCCAACCACUGCAGCCCUAACAACAACAACUGCUGCUCCUACGACCACUACAGCGCCAGAACCUAUUACGACAACCACUGCAGCUCCUACUACAACAACUACAACUUCAGCUCCUACGACAACCACAACAACAGCACCUCCAACAACUGUAGCUCCCACAACAACUGCAGCUCCAACAACAGCUUUAGCAUCUACGAUAACCACUGCAGCCCCAACAACAACAACUGCUGCUCCUACGACCACUACAGCUCCAGAACCUAUUACGACAACCACUGCAGCUCCUUCUACAACAACUACAACUUCAGCUCCUACGACAACCACAACAACAGCACCUCCAACAGCUGCUGCUCCUACGACCACUGUAACUCCACAACCUAUGACGACAACCAGUACAACUGCAGCUCCUACAACAGCUUUAGCAUCUACGACAACCACUGCAGACCUAACAACAACAACUGCUGCUCCUACGACCACUACAGCUCCAGAACCUAUUACGACAACCACUGCAGCUCCUUCUACAACAACUACAACUUCAGCUCCUACGACAACCACAACAACAGCACCUCCAACAACUGCUGCUCCUACGACCACUGUAACUCCACAACCUACUUCGACAACCAGUGCAGCUCCUACUACAACAACUGCUGUGCCAACGACCACAGUGACUGCAGCACCUUCUACAAUAACUACAACUUCAGCUCCUACGACAACCACAACAACAACUGUAGCUCCCACGACAACUGCAGCUCCUACAACAGCUUUAGCAUCUAUGACAACCACUGCAGGCCUCACAACAACAACUGCUGCUCCUACGACCACGAUCACUACAGCUCCAGAACCUAUUACGACAACCACUGCAGCUCCUACUACAACAACUACAACUUCAGCUCCUACGACAACCACAUCAACUGUAGCUCCCACGACAACUGCAGCUCCUACAACAGCUUUAGCAUCUACGACAACCACUGCAGCCCUAACAACUGCAGCUCCUACGACCACUGUAACUCCACAACCUACUACGACAACCAGUGCAGCUCCUACUACAACAACUGCUGUUCUAAUGACCACAGUGACUGCAGCACCUUCUACAACAACUACAACUUCAGUUCCAACGACAACCACAACAACAGCACCUCCAACAACUGUAGCUCCCACGACAACUGCAGCUCCUACAAAAGCUUUAGCAUCUACGACAACCACUGCAGACCUAACAACAACAACUGCUGCUCCUACGACCACUACAGCUCCAGAACCUAUUACGACAACCACUGCAGCUCCUUCUACAACAACUACAACUUCAGCUCCUACGACAACCACAACAACAGCACCUCCAACAACUGUUGCUCCUACGACCACUGUAACCCCACAACCUACUUCGACAACCAGUACGCCAACCACUGCAGCCCUAACAACAACAACUGCUGCUCCUACGACCACUACAGCGCCAGAACCUAUUACGACAACCACUGCAGCUCCUACUACAACAACUACAACUUCAGCUCCUACGACAACCACAACAACAGCACCUCCAACAACUGUAGCUCCCACAACAACUGCAGCUCCAACAACAGCUUUAGCAUCUACGAUAACCACUGCAGCCCCAACAACAACAACUGCUUCUCCUACGACCACUACAACUCCAGAACCUAUUACGACAACCACUGCAGCUCCUACUACAACAACUACAACUUCAGCUCCUACGACAACCACAACAACAGCACCUCCAACAACUGUAGCAACAACUACAACUUCAGCUCCUACGACAACCACAAAAACAGCACCUCCAACAACAGUAUCUCCCAUGACAACUGCAGCUCCUACAACAGCUUUAGCAUCUACUUCAACAACUGCAGCCCUAACUACAACAACUGCUGCUCCUACGACCACUACAGCUCCAGAACCUAUUACGACAACCACUGCAGCUCCUGCUACAACAACUACAACAACUACAACUUCAGCUCCUACGACAACCACAACAACAGCACCUCCAGCAACUGCUGCUCCUAUGACCACUGUAACUCCACAACCUACUACGACAACCAGUGCAGCUCCUACUACAACAACUGCUGUUCUAACAACCACAGUGACUGCAGCACCUUCUACAAUAACUACAACUUCAUCUCCCACGACAACCACAACAACACAGCUGCCUCUACGACAACCACAGCAGCUCCAACUACAAUAA